CUUUCACCUUUCUCGCCUCUAAAGUCCUCCUACCUAGGCAAGAUGAGGCCUUCGAAUGUUGUCCGCAGUGAUAUGCCCGGUCCUAAGACCUUCAGCCCCUGGUGGGGCGACACGAGCAUGGCCCGCCAGCGUGGUGUUAUCACCUACAGCGUCUCACCCUUCCGGCAGCGCGGAUCUAAGGACCUCAUCAGGAACUGGGUCUUCAACGGCUAUCGCCGCCUCGCUGGCCAGGUGCCCUACUGGAUUCUCCCCUUUGCUAUUGGCUACGGCACGUACACCUGGGCAAAGAAGCGCGACGCGUGGCAGAACAGCAAGGCUGGCCACAUCGCCCUGCACGGUGACGGUCAUGGUCACUAAGUGCUCGUCAUCCAAACUAGACAUGCAGACUCGUGAACCCCAGAUCCAUAUCAUAUCCUAUUCUUACCGCAUUGAAUAGAGAAACUUCAGCGGCACUUUGUGACCCAUCUCGUGAACUUUUACUCUCGAGCUUGCAUUGCCC